UACUCCUUAGUGAUAGGGUCUGAUCUUACUCCUCUUCUUCUCUCCCAAAGCCUUCUCUUGUGCUAUUGCUGGCUCCCUCUUCCCCAAUCAUUUCCAGGGAAUGUUCUGGGGAAAGGUUGAUUAAGUGAGAUAAUUUUUUUUUUUUAAAGAGGAAAAAGUGAAUGGGAGGCAACAAGCUCUCUUUACCCCAUUAGGCUCAGCUUUUUGGUCCCUAUCUUACUUGAUCCUUGGGGACUAAGAAAAAGAAGUAAAUUAAUUAAGGAAAUGUGGGGAAAACUGGACUUAACCUUAAACAGGAGAAUGAAGGAAUAGAUUAGAGGAUAGUUUGUUACAAGAAUUUUUAAUAAGAAAAAAGAGAAAAAAUGAAAAGACCACUAUGUCAGGAAAAAAGCAAGUACAGAAAGGAAAGGCCAAGGAAGAGAAGGUGGGGAUGGAGAAGGAACGUGAGCAGGAGAAAGAUCUUCCUGGAUCCGAGAAUUAUGUAAUUGAAUUAUCAAAGGCUUCUCCCAUCAUCCCCUUGGCACCAAUCUCAUCCUCACCCUUAGAGUUAGAGGAAUCCUUACCUGCAAAUGAAAUUCUCGACUCCAUCAAGCAAAAACUCAAAAGGGAUUCCUUCUUUCUGAGAUCGAUGCGGACAAUCAAUACUGGAUCCACUUUUAUCAGAAAUGAAAAGAAAAAAAUUAGUAUCUUCAUUUCAGAGGCAACACAAAACACCUUAUCGACGGUAAAUGAAGUGCUUGGAAAUAUCAGAUCUAUUACAUUAAAAGACAAAAUAAUCCCCUCACAUAUAUCUGAAAGAAGCACAGCUCAAUUGUCCUUCAUUAAAAAUUUUGAGGAGGAGGAGGAAGACUAUUUUGAACAAAGGUUAUUUAGUCUCUUUUUGAUCUUCAUUCAUAUUGCAGUACUGAUUGCAGGUUUAUCCCUGACUCCUAAGGGUACAAAGUUACCUUUAACCUAUCGUAUACUUUUUAUACUUUUUGGUCUAUUCUUCCUUGCUGAUGUGCUAUUUCAAGUCUUUUUAGAAGGGGUGACAUUUCUUCUUAAAGCUUUAAGACUUUUUGUUCUAACAAAAGUAUUCCAACUGGCCAGUCAGAAAAAUGAAAUUGAAAAAGCAGCUAGAAAGUUGGUUUCAGAAAACAAAAGACGUUAUAGGAAAGAUGGAUUUGAUCUGGACCUCACUUACAUUACUGAUAAUGUUAUUGCCAUGUCCUUUCCAUCAUCUGGAGGUCGGUCACUCUAUAGAAACCCCAUUAAAGAAGUUGCAAGAUUCCUGGAUACAAAACAUAAAGACCACUACAAGAUCUACAACUUAUGCAGUGAGAGAACCUAUAACCCUUCAUAUUUCCAUAACAGGGUAGAAAGAUUCCCUAUUGAUGAUCACAAUGUCCCCACCAUAAUUGAUAUGCUGAAAUUUGUGGACAGUGUAUUUGAAUGGAUGGAAAUGGAUCCAAAAAAUGUAAUUGUAGUUCACUGUAUGGGAGGCAAAGGCAGGACUGGAACUAUGAUCUGUGUUUGGCUUAUUGCUAGUGAACAUUUUAAUACUACACAGGAAUCCCUAGAAUAUUUUGGAAAGAGAAGAACAGAUACAGCUUCUAGCUCCAAAUAUCAAGGAGUAGAAACUCCUUCACAGAGCAGAUACAUUGAAUAUUUUGCCCUGAUAAAGAACAAGUACCAUUGGUCUGUCCCUCAAACUAAGACAUUCAAGAUAUAUUCCAUCAUUAUUCAUUCAAUUCGAGGAGUUGGAAAAGGUAAUGGAAAAGAUCUGAAAAUAGUAAUAAUUGUGGAUAAAAAAGUUGUUCACACUUGUGUGUGUUCAUCUUUAAAGAGCUGUCAGAUAUUGCAUGAUGUUGAAAAUAAUUUGAUAAAUAUCAAGCUAAGAACCUGUCCAGACCUAUGUGGUGAUGUGAAAAUUAAGUUUUUCUCCAGUUCCGCCCUUCCUAAACUAUAUGAGAAGUGUCCAUUUUUCUUUUGCUUCAAUACAGCAUUUAUAGAAAGAAACAGGCUCUAUCUUUCCAGAAAUGAAUUGGAUAAUCCCCAUAAACAAAAAACAUGGCAUAUUUACCUUGAAGAUUUUGCAGUGGAAUUACGGUUUAGGAAUGCAUGAUCUACACAAGUAAAUAUUUGUUUAAAUGUUACUCCCUUCUAUUAAAGAAUCAUGUUCCUCUGAACCCCUUAUUAUAUAGAAGUAUCUUCUAAAUCUACAUUUCUUUGUUAGUGUACUCAUUUAUAUUCUACAUACGUAAGAAUUUCAUAAAACUUUAGAGGUAAAAGCCAUCUGCUCAUUU